AUGAGCUCCCCGGGCGGCGAGGGCGCGGGGAAGAGCCUGCAGUACCGCGUGGACCACCUGCUGAGCGCCGUGGAGAGCGAGCUGCAGGCGGGCAGCGAGAAGGGCGACCCCACGGAGCGCGAGCUGCGCGUGGGCCUGGAGGAGAGCGAGCUGUGGCUGCGCUUCAAGGAGCUCACCAACGAGAUGAUCGUGACCAAGAACGGCAGGAGGAUGUUCCCGGUGCUGAAGGUGAGCGUGUCGGGCCUGGACCCCAACGCCAUGUACUCUUUCCUGCUGGACUUCGUGGCGGCCGACAACCACCGCUGGAAGUACGUGAACGGGGAGUGGGUGCCGGGCGGCAAGCCCGAGCCGCAGGCGCCCAGCUGCGUCUACAUCCACCCCGACUCGCCCAACUUCGGGGCGCACUGGAUGAAGACGCCGGUCUCCUUCAGCAAAGUCAAGCUCACCAACAAGCUCAACGGAGGGGGCCAGAUCAUGUUGAAUUCUUUGCAUAAGUAUGAACCCCGGAUCCACAUAGUGAGGGUCGGAGGCCCGCAGCGCAUGAUCACCAGCCACUGCUUUCCCGAGACACAGUUCAUAGCCGUGACCGCGUAUCAGAACGAGGAGAUCACAGCUCUUAAGAUUAAAUACAACCCAUUUGCUAAAGCUUUCCUCGAUGCAAAGGAGAGAAGCGAUCACAAGGACAUGAUGGAAGAGUCGGGGGACGGUCAGCAGCCCGGAUGCUCCCAGUCAGGGGGGUGGCUCAUUCCUGGGGCCGGCACCCUCUGCCCACCGGCCAGCCCCCACCCUCAGUUCGGCGGCCCCCUCCCACUCCCCUCGGCGCACGGCUGCGAGAGGUACCCGGCCCUGAGGAAUCACCGCUCAUCACCCUACCCCAGCCCCUAUGCGCACCGGAACAAUUCUCCAACGUAUCCGGACAACUCGUCUGCUUGCCUGUCCAUGCUGCAGCCCCACGACAACUGGUCUAGCCUCGGAGUAUCUCCCCACGCCAGCAUGCUUCCCAUGAGCCACAGCUCCAGCCCGUCCAGCUCCAGCCAGUACUCCAGCCUGUGGUCUGUGAGCAACAGCGCCAUCACCCCCGCCUCCCAGUGUCCCCAGGCCGGAGUGUCCAGUGGGCUGGGGACCCCGUUCUUCCGAGGCUCCCCUGUACACUACGCACCCCUGGCCCCCGCCGCCCCCGGCCCGAACCCCGGCUCUCCGCUGUACGAAGGGGCCAGCGCGGUCACAGACAUUCCCGACGGCCAGUACGACUCGGCCCAAGCCCGUCUCCUGGCCUCAUGGACUCCCGUGUCCCCGCCGUCCCUGUGA